UAGAAGUUUUAAAACCCCCCACCGACUGCACAAUUUAACAAAUCCCUCGGUUCCUUUUUCUUCUUCCCAAAUUCACCUCCUAUCUACCUUUCUCACGCCAUGGAUCUGCAGCUCGAGCAACUGCAAUCCCUGAGCUCCGUCGACGUUCUCCGGGAAUCGGCGGAGAUCCCUCGCGCCGCUCCCCGCACCUUCAGCUUACUCACCCUCGCACUCGUCUUUCCCCUCUCCUUCGCAAUCCUCAUCCACUCGCUAUUUACUCAUCCCGUCCUCCUCCACCUUGAGCAAUCCUCGUCAUCUCCUUACUCUUCCUCCGGCUGGUCUCUCCUUUUCUUCUAUCAGUUCAUCUACAUCAUAUUCCUCUUCAUCUUCUCUCUGCUUUCCACGGCCGCCAUCGUCUUCACCGUCGCCUCUCUCUACGCCGCUAAGCCCGUUUCCUUUACGUCUUCUCUAUCAGCCAUACCCCCGAUCUUUCCUCGCCUUUUCCGCACUUUCCUCUGGGUGUCCCUCCUCAUGUUCCUUUACAACCUCGCGUUUGCUUUCUCCCUCGUCAUGCUCCUCGUCGCCUAUCCUUCAUCGGAUUCCCCUUUUUUUCUUAUUGUCUUAUCACUCCUCAUCGCCGCCUUCAUCGCUGUCCAUGUCCUUAUUUCUGCCCUAUGGCACCUCGCCUCGGUCAUCUCCGUGCUGGAGCCCGUCUGCGGCCUCGAAGCCAUGCGUAAAGCACGUCAGCUCCUUCGUGGACGGGCUCGAAUGGCUGCUAUACUCAUCACCGGCUAUCUCUCAGCUUGCGGGCUUAUCGGCUGGGCUUUCCGUGCCUUUGUCGUCAAGGGCCCAACAGAGGAGGGCAGCUUCGGCCUUGGUGUUCCCGCUAAGGUCCUCGUUGGCGGAGGCCUUGUGGCGGUCCUCGUCCUCGUCAAUUUUGUGGGUCUAUUAGCUCAGAGCGUGUUCUAUUACGUUUGCAAGAGCUACCACCAUCAGACGAUUGACAAGAGCGCGCUCUAUGAUCAUUUGGGAGGAUAUCUUGGUGAAUACGUGCCGCUUAAGAGUUCGAUCCAAAUGGAAAACAUCUGAAAAACAAACUGUAAGAGACCUGAAAACUCUAGGAGGUGUAUUUCUUUCAUGUGUAGUUAUACAAUGGUGGGAUUGGAUUGCAGAGUAACAAUUAUAGGUUAUCGUCUGUUAAAUUUCUUUUUAAUAUAUUUUAAUUAUCUGGGUCGCUUGUACUAAACUUUGUUGAUCCUGGGGUGCUAUGAAUAUUUAAUUGAUUUCGGGUGAGUCAACCGGGGGCGAGCUAAUUUGAAUUA